AUGGGGAAGGUUGUACGUGCCACAACAGCCAGUGACAGUUCGGAAGAAGAAAGAAGAAAAACUGUUCGUAAAGAAGAAAAAGGUCGAACGAAGAAGAAGAAAUGUAAAAGAGACCUUGGAGAACUUCAACGAAAGCUGUUAAAGUCCAAAAGGAGCAAGGAAACCAAGAUCGACGGCAAAUCAGGAAAGGCGCGGAAUUCAAAAAAGGUAGCAAAUAGAAUUCUACCGAGACGCUUAGUAGGCAUAUACAGAAAUGGCGCGGCGGGAAAAACAAUUCGGAGAUCUGAACUAAAGGAAUCUUUAAACGAUAUAAAUAAUGCGCGCCUACAAGGGGAUGUAUAUAAACUUUUAAAUGGCUGUGAUUCAGAAUCAGAGCCUAUUAUAAUUGAAAAUGAUACCAAACAAAUUUUAAAAGAUCCUUUGUUGGAUUCUAAUAUUAAAAAUAUUUUACAACCAACCCCUCUCGGAGAUGAAUACUUAAGUCCUGUUUUGGGUAAAGUGGAUGGGAAAAAACGAUGUUCAAGAAAGGAACCCACGGAAGACCCGAAUCCUUCAACAGUUUUCGAUUUCCUUCAACAGCACUUGGAAAAGAAGAAUUCGAAUAAUGAAAAGUCAGACGAUUUUGCAAUGAAGAAGUAUGAGGAGCUGUGUAAUAUUAUUUCUGCUGAGAACUUCGAGGGACGAAAUUUUCCCGACACCGGAACAGAUCCCCUAACAGCGACAAAGAAAAAAUUGAGAAGCAUGUUCGCAGAAUCGUUCCGUAGCCAAUGUCUGCGCGAUAUGAUAAAACGUGGAACAGUUUUAAACGAAACAGCAACCUGUUCCACUAAAAGCGUUCUUGAACAAGAAGAAUUCUGUUCUUCGAGUUAUGCGCAACAUUUGAACCUUGCAUCAGAAAAGUCUGAAUGUCAACUACAUCACAGAAAAGACAAGAAGGAUAGCUUACCAGAGAAUCAAAAUAUAUUUAUACUUCCAGAGAAAUUUGAUUUAGACGAUAGGAAGAGCGAAAUUCCAACGUCGCACCUGUUAUUUGACCUAUCCUUAUUCAAUGCAUCAAACUCAGAAGUAGAAAAUGUGCCAGAGUUAUCCAGAGCUCCAGAUGCAACUUCGCAUAGUCCUACUUUCCUGCGAAUAAAUCACUUUGACAACCCUCGAUGCGAGGACAGUGGCAGCACGUACUUUGAGGCUGCCGCUUCGUCGCAUGCGAACAAAGUGGAGAAAAAUGAAUCUCCUCUUUUCAUACCAAUGGAAGCACAGCUUCCGAACAAUUUAGUUACCAAGAAACUAAAGCACAAGAAUCAACGGAUGCAAGCGAUGCGUCAGGCGAAGUUUGCCACGAUGAAACACGCGGGAAAAGGAAACUUGAAGGCACCUCAUCAGACUAAGCUAAAGAAUUUGAAACACGUUCCCGCCAUACUGCGGCGAUGUAAUCCCGCCACAAACAGCAAUGAGGUGAACUUAUUCGACGAGUCAAUACAGAUUAAUAGAAAGCCUCAAGACGCCUCAAACGUUCUCUUCGGUUCGCAGUCCUUUCAGACGGAGUUAACAAACAAGAAGCUGGAAACGAGUGCAAUAUUUGACCCUGCAGACGUACAGACCUGUGUGAUGGCGUCACCGAGUCUGCGUAAGGACGAGAUGCGUUUCAAGCCUCAGAUUUUGAACGAGUUCUUGAGCAAGAAGAACACGAAUGCUCCAAUACAAAAGACUAUAAUGUUCACGAAGAAGGAUUCGCGGAACAUAAGCGAUUGCUUGCAUCUAAAUAGUUUAAUUACAACCGAUAAUCCUAACGUCUGCGUGAUGAAGAGAAGCGUCUCCGUAGGUCACGAGAAGUCCAUGAACAUUUGCUCCGCGCACAAAAAUUGUCAGCGACCGUCGGUGAACUAUCAUCGCUGCUCCGAGGGUUCCGAUGGUUCGUAUUACUGCAGCCAAGAGUCGAAUACCUCACAGAUGCAGAAUGCAGAGGUGCAUCAGAAGCCCGUUGUCUGCGAGAAGCUGUUGUUGAGGAGAGUUCCUCAUCCCGGUCAGAAGUGCCUCAACGACGAGCACGUUUGUUACGUGGUGGUUGAUUCGAACAAUCAAGAAUGCUCUAGCGAUGUAUCCUGUCGCAAAGAGAAACUGAGAACCGUACAUGGCAGGAAUUUCUGCCAGGAAGAUGUACCAGACGUUGGUAUACUCAAAGGCGUGCAGAACUUGCAGAUACUGCCCCUGGAGGAGCAGGAUGUGCAAACGAAUUUUACCAACAAUCAGUGUACAAGAAAGGCGGUGGUCCUUGAAGAGCAGCCAGUGAAGUACCUGGCUGUUGAGAACAACAAUAGGACGCAGAAAAUACCUAUAUAUAUGCAAAGCAAUCAACGAGUUACCUCCGUCGAUAAUGUAGAGGUAAUCAAUCCGGGUGUCAAUUACCGUGUUGUCUCGUGUCCCCAGGAAGCACCACAGAAUGUCAUAUUUGUACCCGCGUAUGAACAGAAUAAGGUAUUUGAACAGGAAAAAUUGGCUUCUUCCUUCGAGGAACCUCGCGCGAGAAAAGUGAUCUUGUACCGACCGGAAUUUCAGUCGAAUGUGUGGUGUGUCAAAGAUCCGAACGUGUGCAAGCUUCACGUUCCGAAACAGAAGAUGGCGGAAAUCAGGAACGCUGAGUGCGAGGAAAUCGUGAGGAGCUUGCAAGGGGAUAAGGUGAAACUGACCAGACGCGGUACAGUCAAUUGGGACGACCUGCAUUACCGGUCGAAUCACGAGUAUCAGCACGUGAAUGAUGCCUGCGUGAGAAACCACGCAAUCUUCUACCAGAAAUGA